GGCUCUCUGUGGGACCGGCCCGCUCUUUGAUGUAGGCAGGCUGAUCACAGAUCAGAUACACGCGCUUCAAAUCCAUAAAGCCACCCCCAUCUCCCCGCCUUUGAUCUGGGCGCUGUAGUCCUCGAGCUGCUGCUGCUUCUCUCUGUGUGUAGUGCUGGGUUGGAGCAGCAGCGCUGACAUGGUGAGCGGACCGGUGCGGGAAACACACCACCACACCUCUCACCGGUCUGCUUUCGACUUUUAACAACCAAUACUUUGAUCAACAGGCUCCUUUUUUUUAAGCAGCUGCACGCAACCAGUGGCUCAUCAAAAUGGUCUGCUGGAUCCUUCAACACACCUUCUCACUUCUAACUGUGCAUGUCAUAUAUUCAACUCUGAUUCCUGUGCAGGCCGAGGAAGAGACCAGAGAAUGCAGAGAACAGGAAUACAAGGACCGGUUUGGGAACUGUAAACCCUGCAAGCAGUGUGAUGCAGGACAGGAGCUAUCAAAGGAAUGUGGCUUUGGUUAUGGAGAGGAUGCCCGGUGCGUGCCCUGCCGGAGCAGUCGCUUCAAGGAGGACCGGAGCCUACAGAAGUGCAAACCCUGCCUGGACUGUGGACUGAUCAACCGCUUCCAGAAGGGCAACUGUUCCACCACCAGCAACGCUGUGUGUGGCGACUGUCUGCCGGGAUAUUACAGGAAGACAAAAUUAAGUGGUUUCCAAGACAUGGAGUGUAUACUCUGUGGGGACCCUCCGCCUCCUUAUGAGCCUCACUGCAGCGGGCGUGUGAACCUGGUGCCGCUGCCCUCGGUGGUGACCAGCCCGCGGGAUAUGGCCCUGGCCGCGGUCAUCUGCAGUGCUCUGGCCACUGUGCUGCUGGCCCUGCUGGUCCUUUGUGUCAUCUAUUGCAAGAGACAGCUGCUGGAGAAGAAGCCCAGUGCAGCCUCUCUGAGGUCCCAGGAUUGUCCCUACAGUGGAGCAGAGCUGUCCUGUCUGGACCCACGCUGGCUUCACGACUUUCCCCAAAGACCCUGCUGCCAGUGUCACCUGGUGCCUGGACACACCUGUGGUCCAGUCCACCUGAUCCCACCUCUGUACUGUGAUGAAAGCUGCAGUCUGGGCCGCAGCCUGAACAACAGUCCUUUCCAGUCCCAGAUGAGCCUCAGUGACGGAAAUGCACAUCAGGAUGAGGAGGGCACCCGGAUGCAGAUGGGAGGACACCCAGAGUCUGUCUGCACAGAGGCUGGUGGGAUGAGAGGGAGUUUAGAGCUUGCAGAGUGUUUUGGGCUGCCUCACUGCCAUGCUGAACAUGCAGGGAGACUGGAGGUGGAAGAAGAAGAGGGGGAUGAAGAGGAAGGGUGCAAGUCAAGGGAAAAUUCACCUGAGAGGUCCAGACAGCGAAACCGUGAAGCUGUGACAGAUGCACUUCUUCCCAAACAGCACUCAAGUCAGGAAGGAUGACAUGGAUUUCUUUGGCUCGCGUUCCACCCUUCCACCCUGGACUCAACAACAGCCAUGGCCAGAUCCCAGAUCAGAUUACCCCCCACCCCCGUACAGACUAGCAGCAGCCACUCUCAAGUGUGGUCGCGCCUCCUCUUCGAAAUGCCUGCCGCUGACCUCAGAGCCCCUCGUCAAAGGCUCCAAACAGAAUAUGUACAUAUAUGCAACAAAAGCACUGCUGAGGAAAAACAAAGCACGAGGGCAAAGGGAUAGAGAUACACACACGCAUGGACACAGACACAGAAUGUGAACUUGUUGGCCCAGAAGGUGAAAUCGAAUGAAGUUCAAACGUCGACGAGUAUGACUUAUUACGGCGGAGCAAAGUGAAUCAAAAUGAGCCUCUGCUCUGCCUCGAGAAUGUCUCGCAUCUUCACGUGUAGGAGACCAUAAACUGUACCACUGAUCUAGCAGCUGGUGUUAUGAAGCUUUUGUGUGUAAAGGUAACAAAUUUUAGGUGUGAAGAAAUUAAGUGGCAUAAGUGAUUAUGUUGCACAUUGAAGACAAUCUUGAUAAUAUGGAACAAGUUAAGACAAGGAAUGUUUAAAGGCCCUGGACACCCACACAGGUGUUUUAGUUAUUCUGGCUGAUCAGACCUCUUCCCAGGACUGUUUGGGUGUGUUUAGACUGUUUGAUUGACAUCUUCCUGAGCCUCCUUUUAGCUUUGUAUGCAUCGGUUAGGGCAGGACAAAUGACAUCUUUAUCAUCCUUAUUGGUAGAUGAAAUUAGUGACGUAAUAAGUUCCCAUCAAAGCUCUGUCCCACCUUCAACCUGAGUAGAGCUGCAAAGAUUAAUUGAUUAACCGAUUAGUUGUCAACUCUCAAAUUAAUCGCCAACUAUUUUGAUAAUCGAUUAGUCGGUUUGAGUAAUUUUUUAAGACAAAAGAAAAAAAUC